UUUUCCUCCUGUGCAUUUCCUGCUUUUUUUUCAGUUGUACCCUUGCAGGCAGGGAUUCCCUUGGCUAGCAUCCAGACGGUGAUUUGCACUUGUGUGAAUUGAAAUGGUGCAAAACUGUGGCACCGAUUUGCCCCGCUCACACAAGCACGAACUGGCAGCUGUAUUCUAGCCGUUUUCUUUUGGAGAGAAUUGUUAUGGACAUAUGGUUGUAAAUUGCUGACACUCAGUGACUUCAGUGAGCUGCGUACAUUUUUGAAGCUGGGCAUGCGCCAUGUAACUUUUAUUUUAAAAAAGCUUUGCAGAAGACAUACAUUGUCUGAUAAAUCUUGAGCCCAAGGACUUCAACUGAGCUUCAGAUUCAAAAUAAAGUUCUUUCCGCACCAAACCCGAAGACCCUGUGGCCCUUCAUGCCCCUGCUUCUUUAAAUCCAAGACCUUUCCAUCACACUCUAGAUCAGCCUCCGGUCAUCAAUGAUGGAUCCACCAACCGAAGGCAGUGAGCAAGGAAGCCCCAGACUCUACCACCUAGAACUGUACGACUCAAGCGAAGACCUGGAGAUGUUUUCAGAGCCCUUCCGAAGACGCGAUCUGGCUGUGCAUGAGAAAAGGAAGGCCCAAAGCACAGAGGAGCCAGUGGUCCCUCGCAUGGAAACAAGUCAUGAAAAGGACGGUGAUGCUGGAAAAGGAAACACGAGCGAUGGCAGAGAAGACAAGCAGCCUUUCAAAGAUGCCAAUACAUAUUGUAUUACAUGCUGUGUUCCAAUCAGAGCCCUCGACAAGCAGUCUCCUGAGCACGAAGAGCACGAGGUCAUACCCCUUGCCAGUGUGGUUGAAAUCGCAAGGGAAGAACUUCAGAAGAACAUAAGUACGCUUGAGAAACAGAUCGUUCACCUGGAAAGUUUUUCAAGCCACCUAGAAGAAAUCUUCAUCACCGUAGAGGAGAAUUUUGCCAGGCAGGAGCAGAAUUUCGAGAGGCGUUACGAAGGCAUCAUGCAAACCCUGGAGCAAAGGUACGAAGAAAAGAUGCAAGCUUUAGGGGAGGAAAAGAAGGAGAAGCUGGAAGCUCUGUACGAGCAGUUGGUCCGUUGCGGAGAAAGCCUGGACACCUGCAAAGAGCUGAUGGAAACCAUCGAAGAGCUUGGGCAGAAGGAAAACAAAGUGGACGCGAUCGAGACUGCUGUGGCUAUAAUCCAAAGAUUGGAGAGAUUCUUGAAAAGGGAUGUAGAUGUCAAUGUCUCAACUCCAGCAGAUUUUGAAGCCCGGGUCAUAGAUUUCUCUGAGAUUCAAGGACUGAUGGAUUCCAUUAAGUCUGUCCCAGCUCCUUUGCCCCCUUGCGCCCCCGUCAUGAACCCCCAAGAUCCCAACUCAGCUACAGGAACAUCCGUGCGUGUCUGCUGGAGUUUCUUCUCAGAAGAUCUUGUUGAAAGCUACCAGCUGUACUACAAACGGAUAAGCAACGAUACUUCGAAAGAAGAGCAAACUGAGUUCAUGCUACCUGUGAAAGAAACCUAUUGCAAAGUCACGCAUCUUGCACCUAACACGCAGUAUGAAUUUUGGGUGAAAGCGGUCAACAGAGCCGGGGUCAGCUCGGCCAGCGAGAGCGCUGUGUACAUGACAGCUCCUUUGCCACCUGUUAUCAAGAGUAAAGAGAUCCAAAGCUGUGAACACGCAGCGCUGGUGCGUUGGGAGUGUGGGAACACAAAUCCGGUCGACUCCUACACGGCUGAAUUGUCCAAGCUGACAGAUGGAGGGGAGGAGAACAUAAUGACGGAGUCGAUUGUUGGCAUUCCCAACUGUGAAACCCUGAUUCAGCUGGAGCCCUGUCAGAACUACCUCAUCUCCGUGAGAGCCCUCAACAUGGGAGGCCCCAGCGAAAGGAGCGCCCCCGUCUCCAUCCUCAGCAUAGGCACUUCCUUUACUCUGAAAACGGAGACGGCACACCCCUUGCUCUCUGUCCUAGACGAUGGGUUCACGGUCCUGUGCUGCAAAACGGAGACUCCAAGAAAUGAUUUGCCCUUCGGUGAGAACAGUUUCACAAGAUCUAUUGCCAUAUUGGGGCAUCCAAUACCCUUCCUAGGGAAACAUUACUGGGAGGUAGAUGUGGAUGAAAACAUUGAAUAUUGUGUCGGUGUGGCUUUUGAAAACGUUCCAAGGGACAGCUACUUGGGGGCAAGCCAUUCCUCCUGGUGCAUGAGACACACGGCUACGGCCCCUUCCAGACACACCUAUGAAUUCCUGAACAACGGCAUGACACCAGACAUCAGGAUUACCGUUCCACCCAAGAAGAUUGGCCUUCUGUUGGAUUAUGACAGGGGAACACUGUCGUUUUUCAACACCGAUCUCAGGCAACAUCUGUAUACCUUCCACAGCUUCUUCCGGGAUUUUGUGUGCCCCUGUUUUGCAGUAGAAGAACCCGGCACGCUCAGGAUUCAAAAUGGCAUUGCCAUCCCUAUGUACACUGAUUUGUUAUGAAGGCGGCGACCUUAUGCUGACUUCCCAGAGAGUAAAUCCCACUGAGCUUAGGAGGACUAACUUCUGAGUAGACAUAGAUAGGAUUCUGCUGUAAAGAUCAGGUACAAAGCCUGCCUGACUCACAUAUUGUAACUUUAGCAAACCUUCAGCCCCCUGCAUGACCCUAAAUCAACAAUCUGCCUUAUUAUUUUGCCUUUUAAAAUUAUUUUGCCUUUAAAAAAAUACUUCAAAACUGGUUUAUAAAAUUUAAAACUAAACCGACAUAAUAUUAAACUGGACACUACAUAGCAGAAAAUAUAGAAAUUUAGAUACUGGAAAAUUGUUUAGAUGAUGUUUUCUACAUCACCGAGCCCUGUCAUUCAUGGAACAGAAGAAUAAAAUGCAAUAAAUAAACAAUAAAUAAAUACAUAUUCAGAAAUUCAGUCCUCCAGACGUCUAACUUCACCUCCCAUAAUUCAUUGUUGAAUUACUGUGGAUUUGACAUUUGGAGUGUAAUCUGCAUUACAAAGUUAAAGCAGUCUGAUACAACGUAGACAGUAACAUGGCUCUAAUCUAUGGAAUCCUGGCUUUUGUAGUUUGUUGAAGGAUUUGGAAUUAUUCCCGGAACCCUGGCAGAGUCUUCUCAGUUCUUCACCAAACUACAAUUCCCAUAAUUCCACAGGUAGAGCUACAGCAGUUAAAAUAGUAUUAAACAGCUGGAAGAGUUAGUGCAGAUACACUUGAGUUACUGGUGCUGCAAUGAAAAUAUGAAGUGUGAAAUACUGGGCAGAAUUCCACUGGCCAUUCAGUGUAUUCGUGUAAAUCGUGGCAGCAAACCACCAUUAAUCAACCAAGUGGCCACUCAUAUUCCCUGUCCUGUGCCAGGGAAAUAAAACAUUUUUUUUAAGAAACACUGGGCUUUAGACAGGGAAAAUUCAGCUGCUCCUUCCUUGGGCCAUCUUGAAAACCAAUUGCUUUCACUCAGCUUAACCUAGGUGUGCAGUUAGGAUUACACAAACAUUAUGGCCAUUUCUGCUCACCCAUCUCUACAUUAUUUAUUUUCCCCUAAAUGGCCCUUUGUCCAAUUGUCCUCACUUGAUGCUUUUUUUUCCCUGUGAGUGUGUGCCCAUCUGGCUCUUUGCCAGCUGUUUCAAAAACAACUCAAAGCUUAUUAGUGUUUAUAAAUAUUUAUACACCAGUGGGGAGAGGCACCAAGUCUCGCCUGCCCUGAAGAUGAAGCCAGCUGUCACCAUGUGUGCAUGCGUUAAAGACCCUCUUUUAAAAUUAGCAUCUCCUAGUGAUGUAAAUCCUCACUUGUCACAAAAGGCAAUUGCACCAUUCCUCUUCUUAAAAGGAUUGCCUAAGGUUUAAUUGUUCCUUGUGUUUGUGAGGAUGAUUGUCCCCACCCACUCCCAGCAUGAAAUGAAUUAAAAUCGGGACUGGA